AUGGCGGAGCCGCGCUACGCCUGCCCGCCGCCCCUCAAGACGGAGGAGGACUACAUCCCCUACCCCAGCGUCCACGAGGUGCUGGGCCGGGAAGGGCCGUUCCCCCUCAUCCUGCUGCCGCAGUUCGGGGGUUACUGGAUCGAGGGCACCAACCACCAGCUCAGCGGGACGCCCGUCCCCAGCCCCCUGCCAGCACCCGGCACCCGCGCUAAGCUCGAGUGCAACCACACGGCCAAGAUCUACCGCAAGCAUUUCCUGGGCAAGGAGCACUUCAACUACUACUCACUGGAUGCCACCCUGGGCCACCUCGUCUUCUCCCUCAAGUACGACGAGCAGGAGCACCUCCACCUACUGCUGCGCACCCGCACCCGCACGCUGCACGACGUGGUGCCCAUCUCCUGCCUUGCCGAGUUCCCCAACGUGGUGCAGAUGGCCAAGCUGGUGUGUGAAGACAUCAACGUCGACCGCUUCUACCCCGUGCUCUACCCCAAGGCCUCCCGCCUCAUCGUGGCCUUCGAUGAGCACGUCAUCAGCAAUAACUUCAAAUUUGGCGUCAUCUACCAAAAGCUGGGCCAGACCUCCGAGGAGGAGCUGUUUGGCACCACGGAGGAGAGCCCGGCCUUCGUGGAGUUCCUCGACUUCCUUGGCCAGAAGGUCAAGCUGCAGGACUUCAAGGGGUUUCGGGGCGGCCUGGACGUGACGCACGGGCAGACGGGCACCGAGUCAGUGUACUGCCACUUCCGCGACAAGGAGAUCAUGUUCCAUGUCUCCACCAAGCUGCCCUACACCGAGGGCGAUGCCCAGCAGCUGCAGCGCAAGCGCCACAUCGGCAACGACAUCGUGGCCAUCGUCUUCCAGGAUGAGAACACCCCCUUCGUGCCCGACAUGAUCGCCUCCAACUUCUUGCACGCCUACGUGGUGGUGCAGCUCGAGCAGGCCAGCUCCCAGGGCACCCUCUACAAGGUCUCCGUCACGGCGCGGGACGACGUGCCCUUCUUCGGCCCCCCGCUGCCCGACCCCGCCGUCUUCAGGAAGGGCCCCGAGUUUCAGGAGUUCCUGCUCACCAAGCUCAUCAACGCCGAGUACGCCUGCUACCGGGCCGACAAGUUCGCCAAGCUGGAGGAGCGGACGCGGGCGGCGCUGCUGGAGACGCUGCACGAGGAGCUGCACGCGCACAGCCAGGCCAUGCUGGGGCUCGGCCCCGACGAGGAGCGGCCCGAGAACGGCGCCGGCGGCGCCGGCAGCUUCUUCGAGUCCUUCAAGUCGCUGCUGGUGCCCGGGAGCCGGCGCGGACGUCGCGGCAGCGCCAUCGGCAUCGGCACCGUGGAGGAGGCCCUGCUCGUGCCCGGCAAGAGCCCCACGCGGAAGCGCCCGGGGCCCCUGGGCUCGCGCCGCAGCAGCGCCAUCGGCAUCGAGAACAUCCAGGAGGUGCAGGAGCAGAGGGACAGCCCGCCCGGUGCCACCACGCCGGGGCCCCCGCCGCCCGCCUCCCAGGCCUCGUCGGCGCAGAGCUCGCCCGAGAUGCCCACCGCCAGGAACAGGACGGAGAAGCCGGAGCCGCCGCGGGAUUUCUCCCGCUCGUCGUCCAGCGCCAGCAGCUUCGGCAGCGUGGCCGAGGAGCCCGAGGAGGCCGCGGAGGCGGAGCGCCGC